AGAAAGACAGUUGACAACCUGCAGCAUGGAAUGGGCUGCUACUCUCAUUCUCCUCAUUCUUGUCUUCAUUACUUGCUAUCUGCUCAUAUCAUCUAAGAGGAAACAUAAGGGGAGACUUCCUCCGGGACCCACUCCCCUGCCGCUGAUUGGGAAUUUACUGCAGAUCAAGCCAACCAAAAUAUUAAAAUCUCUUCUCGAGCUACAUGAAAAAUAUGGCCCUGUUUUUACUGUCUAUUUUGGGCCACAUCCAGUUCUGGUCUUAUGUGGACACCAAGCUGUGAAGGAGGCUUUGGUAGACAAGGCGGAAGAGUUCAGCGGAAGGACUACCACACCUUCAAUAGUGCCUUCCUUCGAAGGAUAUGGAGUGUCUGAGUCCAAUGGAGCUCGCUGGAAGGAAAUGCGCCGGUUCACCCUCACCGUCUUGAGGAGUUUUGGAAUGGGGAAAAAGUCUAUUGAAGAGCGAAUCCAAGAGGAGGCCCAAUUCCUGGUGGAGGAAUUUCGGAAGACAAAGGAAAAUCCUUUUGAUCCUACCUUCCUCCUCAGCCGUCCAUUCUCCAACAUCAUUUGCUCUAUUUGUUUUGGGAAGCGCUUUGACUAUGAGGACAAGGAAUUCCAGACCUUCGUGGUGAUGGUAAACAAAUUCGUAUGGGAGAUGAGCACGUCCUGGGCCCAGUUCUAUGACAUCUAUGCCAACUACCUGAAUUACAUUCCGGGAAUCUACAAUAAGAUGUAUGAUUGCAUGGAAGGAAGGCUCCUUAUUGCCAAGAGAAUCAAGAAGAACCAAGAGACCUUUGACCCUAAUUUCCCACGAGACUAUAUUGAUUGCUUCCUCAUUCAGAUGGAAAAGGAAAAAGAUAAUCCAGACAGUGAAUAUAAUACGAAGAACUUGGAACGCAACAUUCUUAGUUUGCUCAUUGGAGGAACAGAGCCAGGCAGUUCUACCUUCAGAUAUGGCUUCCUGUUUCUGAUGAAAUAUCCAGAAGUGCAAGCAAAAGUGCAUGAGGAAAUUGAUCGAGUGAUUGGCCCUAAUCGUGUCCCAAGCACUGAAGAUCGGCGACAGAUGCCGUACACAGAUGCCGUUAUCCACGAAGUGCAGAGAUGCAGUGAUGUUCUUCCUAUGAGUUUGGUGCACAUGGUCACUCGUGACACUGAAUUCAGAGGAUAUCAUAUCCCUAAGGGGAUGAUGGUCUACGCAAUACUCAGCACUGUCUUGCAUGACCCCACAAUGUUUAAAAGCCCCAAUGCUUUCAACCCAGAGAACUUCUUGGAUGAGAAUGGACGCUUCAAGAAGAAUGAUGCCUUUGUGCCAUUCUCCACAGGGAAACGGAGCUGCCUGGGUGAAGCUUUGGCUCGCAUGGAGCUGUUCCUUUUCUUCACCACCAUCCUGCAGAAUUUCCAAUUGAAGUCCCUUGUGCCCCCUGAAGAUAUUGACCUCACUCCUCAGAUGAGUGGCUUGGGCAACAUCCCACCCUUUUAUCAGCUCUGUGCCAUCCCACGCUGACCCUGAGGUCUCUUCCCCUCACACAUCGAAUAUGAUUGAUCCCAAAGGAACCUAUUUUUGGGGUGGCAUGGGAUGUACUUUACCCAGCUCCAGACUCAAAUCACCAGUACUUCCACAUUACAAAUUGCAAUUUUUGAAAGUCCCAUUCCACCAAUGUAUAUGUUACCAACCCUAUGCUUUGGAGUAAUUUCUUAUUUGGGUGAUUGGAAUCUUACUUUUGUCAGAGAAUGUUGUCUUUGGAUCCUGUCCUUAGAAACCACCUUAGGUCUUGCUCCAGGAAAAUGUAACAUAUACAAUAAGUAGGUGAGGCAGUAAACAUGUAAAUAAAUAAAUAUUGUGCUACAUUGUCAUUUCUGUAUAUAAUGCAGGAUAUUCCUUUUUAAAGUCCUCUGAUCCAGUUUACAUGUUACUCAUUUAGGGUGGAGGUGGUGAAGUUUCUUUACCAGUUGGGUUUUGACCUUCAUUGACAAAGUUUUUGUAGUUUAACAAACCUGUUCCAUGUAUUCAUGAUAGAACCAAUUAUUAAAUGACAUU